AGUCAAAGUCCAGACCUAAAUCCAAUUGAGAAUCUGUGCCGAGACUUGAAAAUCGCUGUUCACAGACCCUCGCCAUCCUAUCUGACUUUUGCAAAAUCUGAUUUUGAAAUUUUGCAAAGAAGAAUGGGCAAAAAUGUCACUCUCUAGAUGUGCAAAGCUGUUAGAGUCCUGAUAAUGCAGUACCUAUGAUAAAAAGCAGUGAAUAUAAUUAUGGUGAGUUGUUGAUCAGGGUGAUUGCCUGGGGAAAGAAACUGUUCCUGUGUCCUGUGAUGUGCCAUUUUGUGUUGGUCUAUCACAUAAAAUUCAGUGGGUAUGAGUACUUUUCCAAGGCACUGUAUUUCUAUCGAGUGCUAAUGCUAAGGAAAGGACUCGGUAGAAAGCAGCACUCAGAUGAAAGUGUGUAAGAGCUGCUGAAUCAUCACGACAUGCUCCAGCCUCUGCCAGCACAGUAAGUGGACACCGUCUCCUCUACCCUGAUGAUCAAUUAUGCAGAGACCGGACUGAAGGAGAGGAACAUUCGCAUACAAGUGAAGUCAGAUGUGCUUUGUAUUGGAGCAGAUUUUCAUCACCUUUAAAAUCCAAUCUGUUGGCUUCCGUGAGUGCUUUAUAAGACAUGGCACUGGGUGGUAGAAUGAAUCUUUACCAGGCAGUAGACAGUCCCACGUUCAUAAUGAGAGUGCUGCUGAGCCUGAUCCCUCUGCUGCUCAUCGUAUGGAGCGCAAACAACACUGAAGCGUUACCUGUACAGAGCAAACUGCCAAACAGCAAUGAGGUGCUGACAAAGGAGCAGAAGGACUUCAUGACAAAGUUUUUCGCCAACCUUGCUGAAUUGAACAUAACCAUCAAAGACCUGGAAACCAUGGACCUUGAACAACUGAGCAAACUGGGCGAGAGAGCUGCUCUUGGUCUGCCACCUGCACGAGAGAAAUCCCAAUGCAAGAACUUCUUCUGGAAGACUUUCUCUGCAUGUUAAACUUGCAUGUAUAUAAAUAUCAAAAUCACCCAAUGUAAUAUUAAAUACCUAAUAAACAUCUGAAAAGUCCUAUGUAUUAAUAAAAACAUCAGAAACC